CGAUUUCGCCACCUCCUCAGAUCAAUCCAGUACACAAGCAUGUCCUCGGAAUCCGCUGGGCUUGCCCAACAGGAGGCACCUGCGAGCCAUCUUACCUCGAACAACAUGGCGCACGUCGAAGACGAUGUCGCCGGCAAUGAUCAGGUCGAGGUGGUCUCGACGUCGCCUGAGCCGUCCGCGGCCCCACAAGGUCUCCCUGCGAUCCAUCCUGUCUUUCAAACGAUUGCCGCUACUACGGAUGAUAUCGUUGAGAUAGACCGAGCCGAUCAGAAUAAAGGUCAACUGCACACCGGUGGCUACACCUAUUUCGUCGACAAGACUCUUCCUCCUGGUAGAUACAAGAUCGUACAACACACUCACAAGGGUGUGAUCUACUCCAGGGAAAUCCAUCUUCCUCUUCGAUACAUAGGUGGAGAUGCAGACACCCGCCCUUACUGGCAUAUCAGCGAGGAAGAGCACAAAGCCCGCUCCACCCAGAUCAACGCGGUGCCUGUUGCGGAAGGAAACGCUGUGGCAGACGUCUUACAAGACCAAUCCACUUCAUUGAAAGGAAAGCGCACGGAUCAGGCAGCUUCGAACACAGAAGCGAAGCACCCAGAUCAGACCACGUCGAGAGCGGUUACCCUUUCUGCCUCAUCUCGCGAGGCUCGCUUCGCGAGCUACCUCAGCUCGCUCGAACUGCAAGUCAUGGAGAACUGCAGCCACGACGUCUGUUCCACCGACGAGAAUCAACUCCGCCUAUACUUCGAACAGGUGAUCGACGAGCUCAUCGAUGUUCCAGGCGAGGGGAAGAAGAUCUUGCGAUUCGGGUCGGAAAUUAACUUCGAGAUGACCGCGGUUCGCCGCACAAGACUGGCGAUGCACGUGCCGGAUGACUAUGGGCAAUUCUUAUCUGGGAAAGGAAGGUCAGCCGACCAAGGGCCCCGCGUCCAAAGCAGAGCAGGAAGCAUCAAGUCGUCUCAACGUCCUUCGAUUGCUGGAGAUGUCAAAGCUUCGGGCGUGGCGACAGGCCCUCAGAAGAAGGGCACGUCCGUCUCGCCUGGUCCGUCUUCCAAUAGCAACCACUGCAUUUCCGAUUUUGUUCUCUUCUACAACAUACGCGUUCUCCGAAAGAAAGACACGGUACAGAUAGGUCCCCGCAUCGCUCUGUCUGCCGAGGUCAAGCCCAUAUCAAAAUCGCCUAGUGAAACCAGGAAAAAUCAUCACCAAGCUCUGUCGCAAUUGCGAAAAUCGUACAGCUUGGAUGGGUGCACUCAUCAACUUCUGUUUCAGGGAAGUGGGAAUUUCGUCCUCUUCGUCAUGUCAGGCUUCAACGAAAUCACGGCAUUCUUUCCGGACGCCGACGACCUCCCACAGGCUCCGAUCUCCUACGACGAGUACAUUCGAAUCGCCCCCUUUCUCGAUAUCUGCUGUCUCCGCGAUGAGUCGGACAGAAAACACCUGUUCGACUUCAUAAACCAGAUCGGAGAGAAGGUCUUAUGGUCCUUGCAGACUCAAAGUGUACCGAAGGACACGUUUCCUAGCGUCAAGCCUAACCCGUACGUCGGAACGGCUGCAAUCACUAUUUCCAACGUUACUCUGGAGAAGGUUUUCAAUGUCGAUGUAGCAGAUGACGGGGAUUCAGGCCAGGAUCUCAAUCCAGCUACUGACGGCCAGCGGGGUAAGAAAAGGAAAUUGGACGAGGACGGGCCUGGUGGUUCCUCGAGUAAAAAACAGAAAGAAGACCAGAGCAACGGAGGGCAAAGGGAUCAGGAGCAGAGCAAGGACGCAGAUGCGAAUCCAGGCGAUGCCGACAUGGGUGGUGAACCACCCAACACCCAGCGGCACGAAGCUGGUAUGCCUGAUGUGAGACAGUACAUCCCCGUGUACAAUGGCUCCCCACAUACCCUUCUGGAAAAGAAAUUCGAGUAUUCCAGCGUUGGACAUCCUGGAGAUGAUGCACCCGCUUGCUACAGCGAGAUUGAAGACGAAAUCCCACCCAAUGAAUCCGUGAUCGGAUGGGUCAGCGAAACCCUUCCACCGUUUGACGACCCACAAAACCCCGGACUUGCCACCGGUCGGAAAGGGGAAUGGUGCACGUCGGCCGGCGAAUCCGAAAAUUCCACGCUUAGCAAAGAGGCUUCGAUUGGGCAGCACAAACGAAGGGGCACGCUGCGACAGAAAAGGCAAUGGCGGGGACGCAGCAAACUUCUUCGUCCAGGUAAAGCCAGCAAAAGGGCUUCGCGGUUGGAGAUGGAUCGCGCUGUGGCGACUUCCGAGCGUCAGGGUCGACCCGUUGACAUCGGUCCGGGCCAUUGCGCCAAAAGCCAGCCCGAGCUGCUCUCGGAUACCGAUCGCUGGGUACACAGCGAGGGUCCGGCUGCGUUGAACGAAGUUCGCAUCGACCCAGGAAGAAACAAUCCCACCGAGUCUGGGCCGCGUGCCGAUGACGCUCAGCCCGCUCGAGCUGAACCGAGAUGUUAAACAAUCACUAGUCGCAUCGACGAGAAGGCUCCGAAACCGCCGCUACUGGAUCCACAAUCGAGAAGAGACUGGUCAAAUUCACGAAAACAAGAAGAACAAAUUUUCCCCACAUACGCUCAUAUAUACGACUGGUACCAUACAACGACGCACACACGACACCAGCAACAAGAACUUCUUUCACGACAUCCAAGUUAUUUACGCCGUCCGAUUAGAUUCAUUACGUCUUUCCCCUAUGUUCUUCUUUGACUCAAAAGAGCAGCC